AUGUCCAACACCUUGGCCGAGCAGGCCGGUUGGGAGGCCAACCCGCUGGCCUUCGUCUACCGGCAGACCAUGAUCACGCCAGCCGAGAUCCCAUUGGAGUUCGACCUGUCCGACGCGACCCUCAUCAUGACUGGCGCCAGCAGCGGCCUCGGCCUGGAGGCGAGCCGUCAGUUCCUGGAGCGGCAACUGGGGCGGCUUAUCAUGGGGGUGCGGAACACGACGAAGGGCGAUGCGCUCGCCGAGGGCCUGCGACGGGAGUUCCCGAUGGCGCAGAUUGAGGUGUGGCAUCUCGAGAUGGAGUCGUACGACAGCGUGAGGGCUUUUGCGACGCGAUGCAAGAAGGAGUUAUCGCGGAUCGAUAUCGUGAUCCUUAACGCGGGCGUUGUCGCACAGACCUUCACCCGCUCGCGGGAGGGUCAUGAGCUGAUGCUUCAGGUCAACUACCUCUCCACGGCGCUGCAGGCCAUGUUGCUGCUGCCGAUCAUGAAGGAGAACAAGCCGCCUGGCGAGCCGGGCAGGCUGGUCAUCGUCAGCUCGGACACGACGUACUGGCACACGCCGGAGGAGGAUAUGGUGACGGGUUCCCUAUUCAAGCCCGCCGACAAGGAGAGGCGGUGGGGCUCGGCGAAGAACUACCAGAACUCAAAAUUCCUUGGGCAGUUGUUUAUGGACAAGCUGGCGACGUAUGUUAGUCCGGAUCAGGUCAUUGUGAACCUGGCCAACUCAGGGCUCACGGCCGGCACCAACAUCAUCAAGCCAGCGACGGAAACCUUCUUUACGGGGCUAUUCAAGAAGACGCUAGGCCGCAGUGUUGAGAUUGGGGCCAGGAGCUACCUCGAUGCGGCGCUGGUAAAGGGGCCUGAGAGCCACGGAAGCUUUACCUCCGAUGGAGUGAUCAAACCUUGGCCGGCGAUCAUGUACACCUCGGAGGGUGCUGGCUUGAAGGAGAGACUUUGGAAGGAGACUAAGAGGGAGCCUGGCUUUGCAGAGGCUUUUGAGGUGAUUGAGAGAGGCAUUUAA